AUGGUGCCUGGAUCUGAUGGGAAGCUGUAUGGAAGAACUCACGCAGCCAUGAAGCCCUAUGAAUGCUUAGAGUGCGGGAAGAGGUUCACUGUUAGAAAGAGCCUUGAUAUACAUCACAGGAUCCACACAGGCGAAAAGCCCUAUAAAUGCUUAUUAUGCGGGAAGAGCUUCAAUUACAGUACAGCUUUGAAACGGCAUCAAAAAAUCCACACUGGUGGGAAGCCUUAUAAAUGCUUAGAGUGCGGGAAGAGUUUCAGUCAGAGCUCACACCUUGAUGCCCAUCGCAGGAGCCACACAGGCGAGAAGCCCUAUGAAUGUUUAGAGUGUGGGAAGAGUUUCAGUCAGAGCUCAAACCUUGACGCCCAUCAUAGGAUCCACACAGGUGAGAAGCCCUAUAAAUGCUUAGAGUGCGGGAAGAGUUUCAGUCGUAGCGCAAGGCUUGAUGUCCAUCGCAGGAUCCACACAGGCGAGAAGCCCUAUGAAUGCUUAGAGUGCGGGAAGAGUUUCAGUGAGUGCUCCUACCUUGAUGCCCAUCUCAGGAUCCACACAGGCGAGAAGCCCUACGAAUGCUUAGAGUGUGGAAGGACUUUCACUUGGAGGUCAGGCCUUAACUCCCAUCACAGGAUCCACACAGGUGAGAAGCCCUAUAAAUGCUUAGAGAGCGGGAAGGCCUUCACUGACAGUACAGCUUCUAAAGAGCAUCAAAGAAUUCAUACAGGUGAGAAGCCCUAUAAAUGCUUAGAGUGCGGAAAGAGUUUCAGUAAGAGCACAAACCUUGACUGCCAUCGCAGAACCCACACUGGUGAGAAGCCUUAUACAUGCUUAGAGUGUGGAAAGAGUUUCAGUCAUAGCUCACACCUUCGUGACCACUACAGAAUCCACACUGGCGAGAAGCCUUAUACAUGUUUAGAGUGUGGGAAGAGUUUCAAUCGUAUUUCACACCUCAACAGACAUCAUAGAAUUCACACUGGAGAGAAGCCCUUUAAAUGCUUAGAGUGCGGAAAGAGCUUCACUGAUGGAAGGAGCCUUGAAUUACAUAAAAGGAUCCACACAGGUGAAAAGCCUUAUGAAUGCGUAGAGUGUGGAAAGACUUUCACUUGGAAAUCAGGCCUUAACUCCCAUCACAGGAUCCACACAGGUGAGAAGCCCUAUAAAUGCUUAGAGAACGGGAAGGCCUUCACUGACAGUACAGCUUCUAAAGAGCAUCAAAUAAUUCAUACAGGUGAGAAGCCCUAUAAAUGCUUAGAGUGCGGAAAGUGUUUCAGUAAGAGCAGAAACCUUGACAACCAUUGCAGAACCCACACUGGCGAGAAGCCCUAUAAAUGCUUAGAGAACGGGAAGGCCUUCACUGACAGUACAGCUUCUAAAGAGCAUCAAAGAAUUCAUACAGGUGAGAAGCCCUCUAAAGGCUUAGAAAGUGGGAAGGCCUUCACAGACAGUACCACUUCUAAAGAGCAUCAAAAAAUUCAUACAGGUGAGAAGCCCUCUAAAGGCUUAGAAAGUGGGAAGGCCUUCACAGACAGUACCACUUCUAAAGAGCAUCAAAAAAUUCAUACAGGUGAGAAGCCUUAUAAAUGCUUAGAGUGUGGGAGGAGUUUCAAUCGUAUUUCACACCUCAACAGACAUCAUAGGAUCCACACUGGCGAAAAGCCCUUUAAAUGCUUAGAGUGCGGGAAGAGCUUCACUGAUGGAAGCAUCCUUGAAAUACAUCACAGGAUUCACACAGGUGAAAAGCCUUAUAAAUGCUUAGAGUGCGGGAAGAGCUUCACCAUUGGAAGGAGCCUUAAAAUACAUAACAGGAUCCACACAGGUGAGAAACCUUAUAAAUGCUUAAAGUGUGGGAAGACUUUCAGUAGGAGCACAAACCUUGACAGCCAUCGCAGAACCCACACUGGCGAGAAGCCUUAUAAAUGCUUAGAGUGUGGAAAGAGUUUCAGUCGGAGCUCAGGCCUUAACGUCCAUUGCAGGAUCCACACUGGCGAGAAGCCUUAUAAAUGCUUAGAGUGUGGAAAGAGCUUCAGUCGUAUUUCACACCUCAACAGACAUCAUAGAAUCCACACUGGCGAGAAGCCCUUUAAAUGUUUAGAUUGUGGGAAGAGUUUCAGUGUCAGCUCACAACUUAAUGACCACUACAGAACCCACACAGGUGAGAAGCAAGAAGAGCUUCCCCCCACCGGCCCAGGGGCUUGGGCUGCUCACCCCCCAUCCCACAUGGUGCCUGGAGCUGAUGGGAGGCUGCAUGAAAGGAUUCCCCCAGGCAUGAAGCCCUAUAAAUGCUUAGAGAGUGGGAAGAGCUUCACUGACAGUACAGCUUUUAAAGAGCAUCAAAAAAUUCACACAGGAGAGAAGCCCUAUAAAUGCUUAGAGUGCAGAAAGAGCUUUAGUCACAGCUCAGCCCUUAACGUCCAUCACAGGAUCCACACUGGGGAGAAGCCUUAUAAAUGCUUAGAGUGCGGGAAGAGUUUCAAUCAGAGCACAAACCUUGAUGCCCAUCACAGAAUCCACACUGGAGAAAAGCCCUAUAAAUGCUUAGAGUGCGGGAGGAGUUUCAGCCACAGCUCACACCUUAAUGACCACUACAGAACCCACACUGGCGAGAAGCCCCAUAAAUGCUUAGAAUGCGGAAAGAGCUUCAAUCACCGUUCAACCUUCAAAAGACAUCAAAGUAUCCACACUGGUGAGAAGCCCUAUAUAUGCUUAGAGUGUGGGAAGAGUUUCACUCGGAUGUCAGGCCUUGAUGCCCAUCACAAGAUCCACACUGGGGAGAAGCCUUAUAAAUGCUUAGAUUGUGGGAAGAGUUUCAGUCGGAGCUCAAGACUUAAUGACCAUCACAGGAUCCACACUGGGGAGAAGCCCUAUAAAUGUUUAGAGUGCGGGAAGUGCUUCACUGAUAGCCUGGGCCUUAGAAGUCAUCGCAGGAUCCACACAGGCGAAAAGCGUUAUAAAUGCUUAGAGUGUGGGAAGAGCUUCCCUGAUCAUAGCAGCUGUAAAAGCCAUCAAAGAAUUCACACAGGCGAGAAGCCUUAUAAAUGCUUCGAGUGCGGGAAGUGUUUCCGUCUGAGUUCAAGCCUUAAUGCCCAUCACAGGAUCCACACUGGAGAGUAGCAUUGUGAAUGCUUAGAGUGCAAGAAGGCCUUCAUUCACCACAGAAACUUUGAACAGCAUCAAAGAAUCUACUAAAGGGAGAAAUCCUUUAAAUACAUUUCUUAGCAUACUGUAAGAACUUCCAACAUUAUAAGGACCUGAAAUCAUAUCAAAGAACAGACACAGGGAGGAAUCUUUUCAAUCUUAGCACUUUCCGGAAUGUAGGAAAAUCUUCAAAUGGAGCAUAGCCCUUCCUUUUAAAAGAACCAAGCCCAGGAGGAAAGGCCUUGAAUUAAAAACAAAUAUCCAUGCCACGUUCAGCCGAACAGAUCUGUCGAGGGCUUCUCAGCUUCACUGAGCCACCAGUGUGUUGAGAAAUGAGAGCGGUUAAGGGCCGGGCGGGGGAGUUAUUUUGGCCUUCUGUGUGUCAUAUGGUGUCCUGCGCUGUGGUCCUUUCCAGAUUCCCAAAGACCUUGGAGGACGGUCAGGGGCAGAGCGGUGGAGCUACACCGCAGAGGUGUCUUUUCUCCUGGACAGGCGCAUGCAGUCUGUGCAAGCGAAGCUCCUCUUUUUUGUUACAAGCGCUGGACUCAGUAGCCCCAAAGGCCUCCUCUCUUGGCACCAUCUUGCAAGUUCCUGGGAACGUUGUACGAAAUAUGCCUGGGAGGGUAGUGAACUCACCCUGCUGAUUACUGCAAGAAAUAUGUGAAUGUGCUGAGCUGGAAGCCUUCUUUUUUUUUUAAUGCUUUAUGUGUGUAUGUUCUGUGUUUUAGAGUUUUAAAUUUUGUAUACUUGUUUUAACCUCAAUUUUAGAAUUUCUGUAAACCGCCCAGAGAGCCCCGGCUAUGGGAGCGGUAUAUAAGUGUAAUUAAAUAAAUAAAUAAAUAAAUAAAUACAUUCUCUGACACUCCUGCGUGAUUAGGAAAAUGAUCAAUUGG